GUCUUCGGCACCCAGAUGGAAGGCUUCAGGGUUGCUCUGAGACAGUCGUGUGGACUCGGCCAGCUGAAGGUUAUCAUCCUGGGAGAUUCCGGAGUCGGAAAGACGUCCCUCAUGAACCAGUAUGUGAACAAGAAAUUCAGUAAUCAGUACAAAGCCACAAUAGGAGCGGACUUUCUGACAAAGGAGGUGAUGGUAGACGACAGACUGGUCACGAUGCAGAUCUGGGACACAGCGGGACAGGAGCGGUUCCAGUCCCUCGGCGUGGCCUUCUACAGGGGCGCAGACUGCUGCGUGCUGGUAUUUGACGUGACUGCCCCCAACACGUUCAAAACCCUUGACAGCUGGAGAGAUGAGUUCCUCAUCCAGGCCAGUCCCCGGGACCCUGAAAACUUCCCCUUCGUCGUGCUGGGAAACAAGAUCGACCUCGAAAACAGACAAGUGGCCACGAAGCGGGCACAGGCCUGGUGCUACAGCAAAAACAACAUUCCUUACUUUGAGACCAGUGCCAAGGAGGCCAUCAACGUGGAGCAGGCGUUCCAGACCAUCGCGCGGAACGCGCUGAAACAGGAGACGGAGGUGGAGCUGUACAACGAGUUCCCCGAGCCCAUCAAACUGGACAAGAGCGACCGGGCCAAGGCCUCGGCCGAGACCUGCAGCUGCUGAGCGGGAGCGCGCCGGCACGGGGCCCCUCGCCGCCCGGAACACACGUAGGCCUUCCGCCCCCUCCUCUCCAGACAGACAGCCGGUGGCCUCUCACACCCCCAGCCCUCCUCACACACACCUGACACGCGCGCGCACAUGCACCCGACACGGGCAGACGACCCCACGCCUAGGCCUGCGGCGGCCCCGCCGGGGUCCCCACGCCAGCCCCCGGGGGCAGCGGACAGGCCAGCUGUGAACGUCGCCCUGCUGUGCGGUCGGCAAUGGAAGCUUCUUGGUGUCCACUGGAGAGAGAACUGUUUACAGUUAAUCUGUGUCUGAUUAGUUCCGAUUUUUUUAACCGUCUUGUGGUCUUUGUACCCCCUCCCCCGUGAAGGCUACCACUCGGGAAGGCCGGUGCCCCUGCUGCGUCCCAGGCUCACACCCAGUCUGACCGGGCUGAGUUUUGUAUGUAUCUGUUAAUGCUUGUUACUUUUAACUAAUCAGAUCUUUUUACAGUAUCCAUUUAUUAUGUAAUGCUUCUUAGAAAAGAAUCUUAUAGUACAUGUUAAUAUAUGCAACCAAUUAAAAUGUGUAAAUUAGUGUAAGACACUCUUGGAUGUGCUGAAGUCCUGUCACGCAGGCGUAGAGGUGGCGGUUGAACCCUGUUUGGAUCACAGUCUCGAGAGAUUCAGAAGUCAGCUGGAGGCAGUAUUCUGUACAGUAGACGCGAGAAUUACGUACGCCUUUUAUCAGAGACUUAUGAGCCAAAAAGCUUUUCAUCUCUCCAGGGGGAAACUGUCGCAUUCCUUCUGCAUCUAAAUUUUCCAAAAGGUUGAUUUGCAUAAUACAGUGGUGUGUGCGAUGGAGAAAUGGCCGUUGUUUCAAAAACUUAAACUCAUUUUUCCUUUUUUUCCUGCUCCACACUUUGAAACCACCCCCCCUUAGUCAGCAUCCACCUACCAGAGGGAAAGGAACACCCCCACAGAUCUGUCCUGGUGACUUUACCUUUGUUCUAGAAGGCGCUCCCUGCAGGGUUGAGGCACCCUUAGGUUAGCACACCUUGUUGUCCCCAGCCCCGUGUCUCCGGUGCGGAGCCCAGCUGUCCCCGGCGGCCCUGCAGAGCAGCCUGCUUGCGGAGUGCUCCCCUCCCCGAGGCCUGCGUCCCAGGGUGUGGGCCUAGUUCUUCUGUAAAGAGACGAACGUGAUGCCAAUAAAAUGUAACAAGAACAAA